AUGAAACGCCCACACGGUGGGUCGGAUGCUCCUCUGCCUGAAGCCAUCCCGGGACCUCUGGCACAUCCAGCUUGCCAGGACUGUGUAUAUGCAUCCAUCCUCACUGCCCCAUAUAUCCCCUCCCUUUCCACGACUUCAACGCCAGCCCAUCCCAUUCGCCACCAUGGCAGACACCACCCAGUCAACCGCCCUGCCCUCGCCAGCACCGUCCCCGAAACCACCAUCCCCUCCUGGCUCGCCGGCACCAGCGCCCGAGUCCCAAGCAGCGUCUACGGCUCCGCACACACGCACAGUAUCCUCAGCAUCACCCCCGCCGUAGCGGAGACCAUCGCCCUCCAUCUCGCGACGAUGCCCACCGACCCAGGCACGAUGCUAUCCGUGCAUCAGCUGCGGGGCCCGUCCGCCCAAGAGCAGGACCACACCAAUGUCUUCGAGGCACGGGAGCCGCACUACAUGCUGGAUAUUCUGGGGUAUGCGGUGGAGGAGACGCUCAGUGCAGAGGCGACGGAAUGGACUGUGCAGAUGACCGGGGGGGAUUGA